GAAAAACAAAAAAAAACCCUCGUCUCUCUCGUCAGUCUUUCUCCAUCUCUGUCAAAACGAUAAAUCAAUUUUCUGGAAUUUUCUUUGAAUCUGAAGUGAAGAGUUUCUUUCUCUGCAACAAGAAGAUAAAACUAGUGCUGGAAAAUGGAGGUAGAUAGAGCGGACGGCCGUACACCAUAUCAGUUAAGACCGCUUGCUUGUUCUCGUAAUCUUCUCAAUCGAGCUCAUGGUUCAGCUCGUUGGUCUCAAGGGGAUACCAUAGUGCUUGCUGCCGUUUACGGGCCAAAAGCGGGAACAAAAAAGAAUGAGAACCCAGAAAAAGCGUCGAUAGAGGUCGUUUGGAAGCCUAAAACGGGGCAGAUUGGCAAAGCAGAAAGGGAGUAUGAAAUGAUACUAAGAAGGACCUUGCUAAGUAUUUGUCAUUUGACUAUUAAUCCGAAUACCACAACUUCUGUUAUACUUCAGGUUGUUAACGAUGACGGCGCUCUUCUUCCUUGUGCCGUUAAUGCUGCUUGUGCAGCUCUUGUGGAUGCUGGGAUUCCUUUAAAACAUCUUUCUGUCUCUAUCUGUUGUGGUGUGUCAGAAGCAGGAUCUUUAGUUCUGGAUCCCACGAAGGCAGAAGAGCAAAAACUACAGGCCUUCAGUUAUUUGGUCUUCCCUAACUCUGCUCAAACAGUCCUUUCUGAAGAAUCGAAACAGGCUGAAGGUGAACCUAUGGAACAUGGAAUCAUCACAUCUGUUACCCGCGGUGCAAUGUCAGUGGAUGACUACCUAAACUGCCUAGAAGGAGGACGAUCUGCUUGUUCAAAGUUGUCAGAUUUUCUAAGAAGGAACUUUCAGUCAAAAGCCCCAGUUGAUUCAUGAAUGGCUGCAUAGCUCGUGAUAUCAUCUUAUCGAUUGUAAGAAGACGAAAAAGGCUGUGUUCCUUCAUUGUUCAGUAUUGUUAACAGGUCAUAGAAUAUGCAUAUUUGGCUACCUCAGUUUUAUGGGUAAUGCCAAAAUCAGUUGUUGGUGUUAUAAUCUCUUAGAUUUAGUUGUGAUCCACAGGUAUGAUGAAGCUCUUGGCUGUUCAUUUUUCUAUUCGGUAGUCCUAAAGUAAUGAAAUUAAACACUUCUCAUUGUUGUAAUUUCUUGGUGUUCAUCAACCUUACUCUAUACCUUGUUUAUGUUGCACAAAAAUAUCGAACCAAAA